AUGGUUCCAACCGCGGGAUGCAGCCCAGUCGACGGCCCUUGCUGCCCUCGGUGGCGCAAGUCGCCAAAUCAGGAAUGGCUCGACGACAUUGACGCUGCCAUAAUCAAACUGCUCGCCGUCAAGUACCGUCUGCACCAUGCCUACGUCAACAAGAUGACCUUCUACCGCCUUUUGCAACAGCGGGUGCGUGAGCUGCAGGACGCUCGGACGACUUGCAAGGCCGAGGAGAUCCAAGAAUACGCGGACAGCAAUGAAUGGAGGAACUUCUUCUCCGCGAUCAAGGCAGUUUACGGUCCGCCAACCAAAGGAAGCGCUCCUCUUCUCAGCGCCGACAGAAGUAUCCUACUCACUGAGAAGACACAGAUUUCACAGUAA